AGUUGGAUAACCACAUGUUGUGAUAGACUGCUUUAAAACGCUUCUUACUAUACUUGACAGGUGAUAAUUUAAUAAACACCUAAGAAAUAGUUCAGUUCUAGUGUCAGGAUUGUAAUGUACAGAAUUAUCUCAUUCACGGGGAGGAAGUGGGUGGCAUGUGUCACGUGACCAGAUCCUGGAAUUACUAUCACGUGAACUGUCACUUUAGCCUCUUCUCUGCCUGUGAUCGGCAGCUCCGCCAUCGAUUUCUUCUGCCUUAAGCUCAGCAGUGAUUGGCGCUGCCUGGCAGUAGGUUCUCAGCUGAUCAGCUCCUAGAGAACAGGAAGCCGCUUCCAUCCACAGCCGGGGACCAGCGGUCUGCACUGUGCCCACUGCCAAGCCGGGCAUCUGCAUGAGGCAGGAAGCGCACUGCCGCUACACACCAGGUCUCAUGAGAUGGCCACAGAUGACAAGUCCUCUCCUACACUGGAAUCUGCCAGCGAGCUGCCCAGGUCUCCAAGUAGUCCGUCCCAUCUUACUCAUUUUAAACCUUUGACCCCGGAUCAAGAUGAUCCACCUUUUAAGUCCGCUUACAGCUCAUUUGUGAAUCUUUUCCGUUUUAACAAAGAUGAGGUCAGAACAGUGUCUGCUACAGAUAGGUCCGAGCCUGGGCCUAGUGACCAUGCAGUAAGAAAUACCUGGUCGAGUCCCCAUCUCUCCCCAACAUCGCAGCCUGUUAAGUUUCCAGUGCAAUACAAGAAGCAGUUACUUGGAGAAAGAAGGUCUUCAACCAGCUCCGAGACUAGAAGAAAGCCUGAGCCUCCUCUAGGACAUGAUCCUCGCACGGCUGUGCAGCUGCGCAGUCUAAGCACCGUGGUCAAGCGCCUUAAGGAGAUCAUGGAAGGAAAGAGUCAGGACAGUGACUUGAAGCAGUAUUGGAUGCCCGAUAGCCAAUGCAAAGAGUGCUAUGACUGCAAUGAAAAAUUUACUACUUUCAGACGGAGGCAUCACUGCAGACUUUGUGGCCAGAUUUUUUGCAGCCGUUGCUGCAACCAAGAAAUCCCUGGAAAAUUCAUGGGAUAUACAGGUGAUCUACGAGCUUGUACUUAUUGCUGCAAGAUCGCUAUAAACUAUGCACAUUCCACCGAUGGGCACACAUUUGGAGAAGACUUGAAUGCUCUCUCAGACUCCUCCUGCUCUGUGUCUCUUCUGGACCCUGGGGAACCUCGUACUCCUGUGGGAGGAAGAAAGUCUAGUCGCAACAUUUUUUUAGAGGAAGAUCUUGCUUGGCAAAGUCUUGUUCACCAGGAAUCCUCCAAGCCAUCACGCCUAGCCUCUGUGCAAGAAGAUGCUGGCAAAUCUCCAGCAAGAAACAGGUCUGCCAGUAUUACUAACUUGUCACUGGACCGUUCUGGCUCUCCUAUGGUACCAGCCUACGAAUCAUCUGUCAGCCCCCAGGCUUCUCGUACAUACCUGAAGAAUGACACGAAUGAAGAUGAGAGGAAGAUACUUUUGGAUUCUGUGCAGCUGAAGGAAUUGUGGAAGAAGAUCUGUCACCACAACAGUGGCAUGGAAUUUCAGGAUCACCGCUACUGGCUGCGCACCUACCCUAACUGCAUUGUGGGGAAGGAACUAGUCAACUGGUUGAUUAGAAAUGGACACGUCACUACUAGAGCUCAAGCUAUAGCUAUUGGACAAGCCCUUGUUGAUGGCAGAUGGCUGGACUGUGUCACCCACCAUGAUCAGCUUUUCCGUGAUGAAUAUGCCUUGUACCGACCUCUUCAGAGCACAGAGUUCUCGGAGACCCCAUCGCCUGACAGUGACUCAGUGAAUUCUGUAGAAGGUCAUUCUGAACCAUCUUGGUUUAAAGACAUCAAAUUUGAUGACAGUGAUACAGAACAGAUUGUGGAUGAAGGAGAAGACAACUUAACCAAUUCUACAAGCCCUAGCAAACGCACGUCAGUCAGCAGCUUCCAAUCUGCUAUGGAUAGUGACUCGGCCGCUUCCAUCAGCCUCAAUGUAGAGAUGGACAACGUCAACUUCCACAUCAAGAAGCACUCAAAGUAUCCCCAUGUGCCCCCUCACCCUGCUGACCAGAAAGAAUUUCUUCUGUCUGAAGAUGGUGGUCAGCAGAUGAUCUCAAUAAGUGACGCUUUCAUUAAAGAGUCUCUGUUCAAUAGACGUGUGGAGGAGAAAUCUAAAGACCUUCCAUUUACUCCAUUGGGUUGGCACCAUAAUACCCUGGAUCAGCUGCGAGAAGAAAAUGGAGAAAAACAGGCAAUGGAAAGACUCUUAUCAGCCAACCACAGUCACAUGAUGUACCUUUUACAGCAGCUGCUGUAUAAUGAGUCUUUGUCUCUCUCUUGGCGUGACAUUAUUGUGCCAGUAGUAUGCCAGGUGGUGCAGACUGUCCGACCUGAUGUGAAAAAUGAUGAUGAUAUGGACAUUCGCCAGUAUGUUCACAUCAAAAAAAUCCCAGGUGGAAAGAAAGCGGACUCCAUGGUGGUUAAUGGCUUUGUCUGCACCAAAAAUAUUGCUCAUAAAAAGAUGAAUGCCAGCAUUAAAAGCCCUAAAAUUCUGCUGUUAAAAUGCUCCAUUGAAUAUUUGUACCGAGAAGAGACAAAGUUUACAUGCAUUGAUCCAAUUGUCCUUCAGGAAAGAGAAUUUUUAAAGAACUAUGUUCAGAGGAUAGUUGAUGUUCGACCAACGCUAGUUCUCGUGGAAAAGACAGUAUCCAGGAUUGCGCAGGAUAUGCUCUUAGAACAUGGAAUAACCUUGGCUAUCAAUGUUAAACCGCAAGUUUUAGACCGAGUAAGCAGAAUGACGCAAGGGGACCUGGUGAUGUCUAUGGACCAGCUGUUGACAAAACCUCGUCUUGGGACGUGUAACAAAUUCUAUAUUCAAAUGUUUCCACUACCUAACGAUGAAUCUAAAACACUGAUGUUUUUUGAAGGAUGUCCGCAGCAUCUGGGCUGCACCAUAAAGCUAAGUGGAGCAUCGGAGUAUGAGUUGGCACGUGUGAAAGACAUAAUAAUUUUCAUGGUCUAUGCAGCAUAUCAUUCCCAAUUGGAAAUUUCUUUUCUAAUGGAUGAGUUUGCUAUGCCACCAACACUUCCUAAAAGCAGCUCUUUUCGAUCCCUCAUUGAAGGCCAUGAAGGGUAUGGCAGUCAGAAAGAUCUCUUCAAUGGUGAAGAAUGCAGCAGUAUAAACUGGGAAUCUGACCGCUCUUCAGAACGCUUGCAUGUCAUUUCAGAGUCCCAGUCGUCUGAGAACUUAGAGUUCAUGGAGCAAAGGUCUUGCUUUGAGGAAACAGGAGAGUUGGGCAGUAGAAGUUCUGAAACAUCUUCUUCGGCACUGCCGGACCUUCCCAUAUUAUUAUCAAAUUCAUCCCUUUUGUCUUCAGUCUCAAUUGAACCUGAACUUUUCACACAAAUGUGUCUGAUACCUGGUAUUUCCAAAGAUGAUGAAGUCUCACAGAAAUUUGAGGAGGAAGAAGAACCCAAAAAUGAACAUCGGCUCUUCCGUGAUCCGCUACAGGAUGAUACUGGGUUGUAUAUAACUGAAGAGGUCACAUCCACAGAUGAUUGUCUUAAAGUACACUCCAUAGCGUUUAAACAGGAGCUAAAAGAUGUCAUUUUGGGUAUCUCUCCUAUUAUUUCUUUCAAGGAGCCUUUCCUAUUGACAGAAAAGGGUAUGAGGUGUCCCACAAGGGAUUAUUUUCCAGAGCAAGUGUAUAUAUCUCCAUUACUCAACAAAGAAAUGAAAGAAAUGGAGAGCCGGAGGAAAAAGCAGCUUUUGCGUGAACUGUCCAAUAUGCAUGGCAUCAAUGGAAGUGAUCCAGGAAAAACUAUUGAGGUUCUUCCUUCUCAUGAGCUGCUGAGCACCAAAAUUGCAGAGCACUUGGGAGACAGCCAAAAUUUGGCUAGAAUUCUAGCAGAUUAUCGGGCUAGAGGGGGCAGAAUAAGACAGAAAGAUGUUGAUCCAUUUGUACAAACAAAGGAGACACCGAAUGGCCUCCUGAAUAAGCAUGAAGUGAAGUAUGACUCUGAGGAAGACAAAGGAAUCAGUCAAAAUGAGAUGUCUUGGAACUCCAAGAUUGACUGCCUUAGUGUAUUAAACCACCAAAGGCUUUGUGUCCUGUUCAGCAGCUCCAGUGCACAAUCCAGCAAUGCCCCUAGUGCCUGUGUCAGUCCAUGGAUCGUUACAAUGGAGUUCUAUGGCAAGAAUGAUCUGACAUUAGGUGUCUUCCUGGAGAGAUACUGCUUUAGACCUUCAUAUCAAUGUCCCAGUGUAUUCUGUGACACACCAAUGGUGCACCACAUAAGAAGAUUUGUUCAUGGAAAUGGCUGUGUUCAGAUUAUACUAAAAGAGCUGGACUCUCCUGUUCCUGGCUACCAGCACACCAUCCUCACAUAUUCCUGGUGUAGGAUCUGCCAACAGGUAACACCUGUUGUACCACUUUCCAAUGAAUCCUGGUCUAUGUCAUUUGCCAAAUAUUUGGAACUACGGUUUUAUGGCAAUCAGUAUACCCGAAGAGCCAAUGCUGAACCCUGUGGUCAUAGCAUUCACCAUAACUACCACCAGUACUUCUCAUACAACCAGAUGGUAGCAUCAUUUAGUUAUUCUUCUAUUAGACUGCUUGAAGUUUGUGUCCCAAUGCCAAAAAUAUACAUCAAGCAGCACACGCCAGCAAAAGUGUCAAUCCUCCACGACUUGAAAGAUUUCUCUCAGAAAGUCACUCAGGUCUAUUCUUCAGUGGAUGACCGCCUCACCUCCCUAAAGACAGACACCUUUAAUAAAACAAGAGAGGAAAAGAUGGAAGAUCUGUUUGCAAAGAAAGAGAUGGAGGAGGUUGAGUUACGGAAUUGGAUUCAGGCCAGGAUGCUGUGCUCAAAUAUGGACACUCCACAACAGCUGCAAUCUGUUUUUGAGUCAAUUAUAGUGAAGAAGCAAUCGCUAUGUGAGAAUCUGCAAGCCUGGAACAACAGGUUGCAAGAUCUUUUCCAACAAGAAAAGGGUCGUAAACGGCCUUCUGUGCCUGCAAGUCCAGGGAGAAUGAGACAAGGUGAAGAACCUAAGGGAAGCGGCAUGGAUGCCUCUCCACGUAACUCCUCUCCUGCACAGAAUGGGGACAAAGAGGAUCGAUUCAUGACCACAUUGUCUCAGAGCUCCACAGGUUCUACACAUCUGCAGAUACCUAGUCCCCCAGAGCUUGCUGCUGAUCAGGUUUUUACCACUCUUCCCAAUACCACGGAAAUGGACACUGCCAGCAGUUGUGAAGAUGUUUUUGAUGGUCAUUUGUUGGGGUCCACAGACAGUCAAGUGAAGGAGAAAUCCACUAUGAAAGCAAUAUUUGCAAACCUGCUUCCUGGAAACAAUUAUAACCCUAUUCCACUUCCUUUUGAUCCAGAUAAGCACUAUCUUAUGUACGAGCAUGAGCGUGUGCCUAUAGCCGUGUGUGAGAAGGAGCCCAGCUCCAUUAUUGCAUUUGCUCUCAGCUGCAAGGAAUAUAGAAACGCCUUAGAUGAUUUGUCAACGGCUUCUUUGAAGAUCUGCCCAGAAGAAGGGGCUCUGCCAAGCAACAUGAUGGACAACAGACCAAAAACCAGCAGUCCUUCCAGAGUGCAAGAAAGCAGCUUGGCUCAGUCUAACCAUACUGCAGAACCAGAACCUCAAAGCACCGGUAUAGGAAUAGGGGGUAAAAAGGCUUCUGGGGUGUUGUCAUUCUUUCGUGGGACAGGUGGGAAGAGUCCAGACUUAUCAGCACAAAGAAAGGAAACCUUACGAGGUGCUGACAGUGCUUACUAUCAAGUGGGACAGAUGGGCAGAGAAGGUGCAGAAAGCCAAGGAGCUGAAAAUCAAGAUGAUGCUGAUGGUGGCGAUAAGCAGAAAAAGCAGUCGGGGAACCCCCAUGUUGAGCUGCAGUUUUCAGAUGCUAAUGCAAAGUUUUACUGUCGUAUUUAUUAUGCUGGAGAGUUUCACAGAAUGCGCAAGGUAAUUUUGGGAAGUAAUGAAGAAGACUUUAUUCGCUCCCUAGCGCACUGUGUGCCAUGGCAAGCUCGAGGUGGAAAAUCUGGUGCUGCAUUUUAUGCAACAGAAGAUGAUCGGUUUAUUUUGAAACAGAUGCCUCGCCUAGAAGUUCAAUCGUUUCUUGACUUUGCUCCACACUACUUCACAUACAUUACUAAUGCUGUGCAAAUGAAGAGACCAACAGCUUUGGCUAAAAUAUUAGGAGUCUACAGAAUUGGGUACAAAAAUUCUCAGAACAACACAGAGAAGAAGCUAGAUCUCUUGGUCAUGGAAAACCUGUUUUAUGGCCGAAAGAUGGGACAGGUUUUUGACCUAAAAGGAUCCCUGAGAAAUCGUAAUGUAAAAACGGACAUAGGGAAGGAGAGUUGUGAUCUUGUCCUGCUGGAUGAAAACUUAUUAAAGAUGGUUCGGGACAACCCUUUGUACAUACGAUCGCACUCUAAAUCUGUCCUGCGUGCCUCAAUACACAGUGACUCUCACUUCCUCUCCAGUCAUCUCAUCAUUGACUAUUCCCUCCUAGUAGGGCGCGAUGACACUACAGAUGAGCUUGUUGUGGGAAUUAUUGAUUACAUUCGAACAUUUACAUGGGACAAAAAGCUUGAAAUGGUGGUCAAAUCUACUGGUAUUUUGGGUGGCCAAGGUAAGAUGCCAACUGUAGUAUCUCCAGAACUAUAUCGAACUCGAUUCUGUGAAGCAAUGGAUAAAUACUUCCUUAUGGUGCCUGACCACUGGACGGGUCUUGGUGGCAAUUGCUGACAUGACCAACACAGCCCUGUCUGUCCUUCCAGCACAAAUUAUUUGACUGAUAACACAAUCUUUUGGUCUUGAGACUGUUUUGGAAUAUCCACAAGGAGUGAAGACCACGUGUUACCUUGGCUUCCAUUAUAUCUGUUUUUGGAGACAGAUAAUUUGGGAGAACAAAUACAUAGUAUGAUGACUGCUGUGCAGCCAGUAUUGUCAGGUUUCUUUGUACAGUUCAAAACUGAUCUCUCCCUGAGUCCUACUUUGAGUCAUCUUUGUUAAACGUUCUCAUGACAUGAUUUCAGCUGCCUUCUUGACUUUCCGUUAUUCUUUUGGAAGUUAAAGCUUUUAAACUCAACAACUAGAAAAAUAAGAUGUUGUUUGAUGUGAUUUUGUUAAAAGCAGAUACUAUUCUUGUGUGUGCCUUGUGUUAUACACUGCUCAAGGGCCCUAUAAAAGAUGAUUUUUAUUACUUGUACAUUGCAGACACAACUCACUAUACCACUAUAAUGCUCACUAGGCUUAUUGUUGUGAAGGUAUUUCUCAAUGAUCAUUGUUAAAAUAGCCCAUGUAAAAGAACUAUAAAGGUCUUUUUACACAAUCCAAUAAUCAGACUAAUUAACAUUUCUACAAAUGUUUGUUCCUGAUCAUUGGCUGGUGUAAACAUCCCAGUGAGCAGCAGAGAAAUAAUCCAGGUCUAUAUGUUAAUACUGAGAAAACGCUACCCUCUAAGUAUAUCCCAGUUCACUUUAGGGUCCAAAUAUCUUACUGCUUGCUUCUCAGAUUUCUUUAUUUAAUAUUUUGAGGGCUUUGUCCAAAAAAAAUUAAAAAAGAUGGCUUCCCAGCCAUCUGAAGCCUGUUUGUGGCCAUCAGAGAUGGUCAAAUGCUGAAAACCAAGUUAGUGGUGUUACACAAUUGGCAUAACUCCCAUAGACAUUAUUUGGACAUGUGUAGAUGGUGUAGCCCUGGGUGCUAUGCUGUUAAUGCAAGUCUGGAAGUUAUGUAAACAUGCUGGACUACACUAUUUGUGCAAGUACAAUUAAUGUCAAAGGGAGUUAUGCAACACAGCCAACUCUUCCUGUUUUCUGUUCCCAACCAUCUCUGACAGCUGCAAACAGGCUGGAGAUGGCCAGGAAGCCAUCUUUGUGUAUUCUUGGGUAAAAACUCCUUAAGGUUUAUAGAGACUAGUGGUGGCUUUUGUCGCAGUUGAUGUAGAUUAUAACUUAUGGCACUUACCUAUAUUAAAGGGAAACUGACAGGAGGGUCACUCCCAGUAACCUGAAUGUUACUAACCUGAUGUAUAGUGUGGGUGACUUUGUUUGUGUCACUUCUUACUGGGUUAAAAUCAGUGCAGCCGUUGAGGAGAUAUUCAUCUUGUUGCUAACAUGGUAUAUUCUACGUAACUUCACUGGAGACUGGCCCCUGCCAGAUGUGCAAUGCUUUCUCCUGCCCACUCCGGCAAUAACUUUUCUACAGAUCACUCCACCCCCUUCAUAAAUAUUCAUCCCUCUUCUACAGCAGGUCUGUGAAGAGGGUGGAGUUUUCCAAAAGGGACAUGGUUAUAAGCAGGAGCAGUAGAUAGCAUUGCACAUACAACAGUAGCUACUGAAGUUAAAAAAGAAAAUACCACAUUAGCAACAAGAUGAAUGCUUCUGGAAUAGCUGCACUCACUUUCACCUGGUAAGAAGCAUUAGAAACAGUCACCCUUGCUAUCUACAAGUAUAUUCAUGUUAGUGUUAGGUUUCUCUGCUGUUUGUUUCCAUUUUUAAAGGGUAAUCUAAAGAAAUAUUUGUACUUUUAAAACUCAAGGGGGAAGAUUUAUCAAAACCUGUCCAUAGGAAAAGUUGCUGAGUUGCCCAUAGCAACCAAUCAGAUCGCUUCUUUCAUUUUUGAAAAGGCCUGUGAGAAAUAAAAGAAGCUGAUUGGUUGCUAUGGGCAAUGCAGCAACGUUUCCUCUGGACAGGUUUUGAUAAAUCCUCCCCCUUGGUGUCUAGGAGAAAAACAAAAACAUGUCCAGAAUACAUACACCUGCCGUCAAUCCUUUGAUGUUGCGCUACCAGUAACCGGCAACAGCAGUUACCUUCCUGUGAUUAGCGGGCACUUCCUAGAUGUCGAUACAGGAAAUAGGAAGCACUGACAGCAGGAAAUGGCAGCAGCAGGUGGAUACAAGUUUUUCUAUUUUUUUUCCUGACACCUGAACUAUUGAACUAUUUUAAAAGUAUUUUUUUUUCUUAAGAAUACCCAUAUAACAUAUGUUGUAAUUACCAUGAAUAAUAGAACAGCUUUCAGAGUACAAUACUUUAUUUUAAAAUAAUGUGCAACCUUUAAGAAAAAUGAUCUAUAUCAGGCUAUUAGUCUUUAUGGAGCUUCUUAAUGGAAAUCUUCAGUAGUAGAAUUUCUCAUAAGCAGUGGCGCUGUUCGGCCUUUUUGUAUUUUUUUUUUUAUGUAGAAAAUGUUUUUAUUUUUGACAGAAAAUUAUUUAUUUUGAAGAGCUCAAGAACAAAACCCAGUGAGUGGUAUUUGCAUAUAAACAAUGUAUAGAAAUAAAUGACUGACCUUUUUACAUGCUGAGAAUGCAUGUCCAUUUAUUAAAAUGUAAAGGAUUUGAUGCACGUUUGCUGCAUAACCUUGUGUUUUUCUGUUGUUAAAAUGUAGGUUUCCUGAAUCUAGAAGUUUUAACCAAAGAUAUGUUGCAAAACCAGUCAGUGUGAUUUUACCAAACCAACACAUAAAGUGCAAUGAUCUAUAUGGAAAGGAGAUGACUGUCUGGAAGACUUUUAUAUGAAAUAUCCUCAGAGCACCAGAUCAGUAGAAAAUGAUAUGUUUGAGGUAAAGCCACACUAGAAGGAGCAUCUUCUAGCCUCUGCACUCAUCAAUACAGAAUAAAAGGAAAAAGAAUGAAAAUAGGAAUGGAUGGUUGAGGAAGGGGUAGUGUACACUUGUGCAUCACAUGUGUGGUGAUCCCUCAACUUACAAUGGCCUCAGCAUACAAUAUUUUGGACAUACAAUGGUCUUUUCUGGACCAUUGUAACUUGAAACCAGACUCAACAUACAAAGCUACGGACAGUCCAGAUCUGUGAAACAUGUCAAUGGCUGGAAGAUCUGAUCAGUCAGAAUGGACAUUUCAUUGGUAAAACUCCUGUAUUAUUACUAAAGUACAUGCACUGACUGGGUGCCUGGUAGCGCCUUCCUACAGUACAGGGAGGUACUACAUGUUAUGUUCUAAUGUUUACCUGUGCCAAGGUCAGCUACUCCUUAGCACACCAGAUGAGGGUGGCUCUGUUUAACUUUUUUGGAAGAGAUUUAUGAAAACCUGUUCAGAGUAAAAGUUGACCAGUUGCCCAUAUCAACCAAUCAGAUUGCUUCUCUCAUUUUUUAAAGGCCCUCUGAAAUAUAAAAGAAGCAAUCUGUUUGGUUGAUAUGGGCAACUGGUCAAAUUUUCUUUCCACACAUUUUGAUAAAUCUCCCCCACUGUAUGCACUGUACAGAGCCCUUAAUAAGCUCCUUUCCUCUACAUAGACAGUGAUUUACAGCUUCCAGCUACUCUUUCUUACUUUUUUUUAACGUAAGGACUUGUUUUUUCUGUAUCUUUCAUUGUUUGAUGACAUUUUGGUGGUUUCAGAAUUAAAGGGGUACUCCGGUGCUUAGACAUCUUAUCCCCUAUACAAAGGAUAGGAGAUAAGAUGCCUGAUCGCGAGAGUUCCGCCGCUGGGGACCCCCGUGAUCUUGCACGCGGCACUAGGUUUCCAUAGAGUUAUGGCACCAACAUACAAUGAUUUCAACAUAAAAGUCAUCCUAGAACCAAUUAAUAUUGUAACUUAAGGGGCCACUGUAUACACAUGAAUGGUGAUGGCUAAAGGGUAUCUCUCAAUAUUUAUGCUUUCUGCAUAUAGUGUUGUGGACAUAUGCUGCUUUUAGUAUAGGUUAUGUGUGACUAUGGUAUGGUAUUCUUGAAAUUUACAGUUAAUUAUUUGCAGCAAAUGCUAUGAAGUGUGCUGUGAAGAGUCUGUAUUCAUGAGUUGGGGUGUACCUCCACCUACCUGCGUCUGACUGCUUUCUCUCUAUUCAGGUAUGUUCAGACAUAAUCAAGCGGAUUGUGCUGAUAGAUAUUGACUUCAGUGGGUCUGCAGAAAAUCUGCUUGCAGAAAUUGUGUAGAAUUCCAAAAUGUUCAAUCCCUAAGCAGAAUUUGGGCUGUGGAAAACCCGCUGCAGAAUAUGUAUGUGUAAAGAUACCCUCAGUGUGGCUAGGGGAAAAGCAGUCAUUCAGUCAGCAGCAGUAGUCAGCUUAUAAAUAUGCUGUGCUCACAUUAUGCUACAACUAAUGAACUGUUUUUCAGAAAAAACUAUACCAUAGACAAACAAAACUAAAACACUGCUGAAACCUGAGACACAAUUACAUGGAACCAGUCCAACCCUCCAACUACACUGUUCUAUCAGGAAGCAGGGGUGACAGUAUGCCUGAUAGGGUUGUCUGUUCUAGAUGGACUGACGACUGAACUGUGUGUGUUUACAACCAUACUGCAGGCAUGAGUGAGCUCUGACAAUCCUAUUGAGAGGCUAUGGCAUUAAACUAAGGUAUUAACCAUUCUAUGUUGUCCUUGGAAGCUGGUAAAGAUGUGUAAAUGAUCUCAUUUAAUAGAAUGCUGUAUUUUAGCUCCAUUACUCACACUGCUAAAGCUGAUGCAGUAAUAGUUUAUCACAUACAUUAAAGGGAUUCUCCAGAGAGUAAAAAAAAUGUAAUAGAGCGAAGUAAAAACAUUGAUGGUAUGUACUGCAUAUUCAUGCUCUGCCUAAGCAUUUUGAAUGUAUCAGUAAUAUUUGCACUAAAGGGGGGAUUUAAUGGAUAGACCUCUUUCAACAAGUUUUAUUUCCUAGACACUGGAUAUACUUAUCCUUGUGUAUAUUGCUCUGGAGCAUCACAAAACUAGAACGUUCAUAGGUCUCUUCUGAAAACUCUGUGUUAAGGUGUCCAUUUAGAGCCUCCAUUGCAGGUUUUGUCAUUUUAAGGGGGAAACAGUACUACAGCACUUUAUUUCCUGUCAAGAUGGAAAAUAACACCUUGCUAGAUCCUAACAUAUUCCAUUAUAAGUUAAUGGGGUCCAUCAGGCACCGGUGUCUGUUGUGCUAUGGGUCAGCAGAGCUAUGUGGCUGCCUUCAUAAAUGUAAGCCACAAUGCAAAUGUGAACAAAGCCUUAGCAAUGCAUAAAAAGUUGUGCGUGUAGUCACUGAAGGUGCUGUGACAAAAUCUUGGUUUACCCCAUUCUCCUAUAUUAUCCAAAAAUAUUGAUGGAUGGAGAAAUGCUUAUAUAUAUGUAUACCUGCAUAUGUGAUCAGCAUGCCUGCAGCAUGUCAACAUUCCAUACUUUUAAAGUUUUUCUAAUAGAAUAUAAUUUUUUUUAGGUAUCCACUAGAGAUGAGCAAACUUACAGUAAAUCCGAUUCGUCACGAACUUCUCGGCUCGGC